GACAGACGCUACUUCUGAGUUGCUUGAUUGUCUUAAAAUUUAGUAAGGGACAUUUGAACGAUAUGAAGUGGACUACAGCAAACUUAAAGCAUGCCAAUUAUACAGCCAAACAUGAAUUGUUUGUGGGCACACACACAGGCUCGUUCAAACAUUUAUUGCCCGCUCUGGAGAAGAAUCCAUAUAUACAAUCAAACCUUACUGAUGUGGCAGCUCUAGACAAAGAUUCCCGAGUGACGGCGUUGGCAUUUGGCAAUGAGGCGCAAACGGAAAUACUGCUCGGUCGCGCGAAGAAUGUGGCAGAGGUGCAUUCACUUGGAGUAAGCGGUGCCUCAAGUAUGCGCCACAUCAAUGUAGCCGCCGCCCCAAUUGUAGGUCUAGCUCGCUAUAACAACAAGUUGAUUGCUGGCUUUAGCAAUGGAAAAAUACAGACUAUGUCGCUGGAUGCUCUAGAGGAGGAGGAGUCUGCGGCGGAACCAAUCCUCAUAGCCACUGGGGAUCAUAUGGACCACUUGCGUCAGUGCUCCACUGCUAGGCAAAUUGUGGCCACCGGUGGCAAAGCUCGACAGAAUAACUUGAAAGUCUACGAUCUGAGUGACGAUGGCAAGCAAAUCUUCAGUUCCAAGAAUUUGCCCAACGAUUAUCUGCAGCUGGAGGUGCCCGUGUGGGACAGCGAUAUAGGCUUUGUGGAUGGGCCAAGCGUCUUGGCCACCUGCUCUCGCCAUGGCUACGUUAGGCUGUACGACACGCGCAAGCAACGUCGACCUGUGGCACACUUUGCCAGCGAGGAGCAUGGCAUGAGCUUUGCGUCGCUCGUAGCAUAUAAUCACUAUAUUUAUACAGGCACCACAAUGGGAGUCUUAAAGGCCUUUGACACCCGCCGUAUGAAGACUCAUGUGCACACUUAUAAAGGUUUUACGGGCGGCAUCAGCGACCUUCACUUGGAUGAAACGGGCAAAUAUCUGAGCUCCGCUUCUCUGGAUCGCUAUGUGCGGAUACACGAUGCUGAUUCCACUGUGCUGCUCUAUCAGUGCUACGUUAAGUCGAAGGCGACGAAGGUGCUCAUUAACCAGCUGCCACAACAGCGGCAGCUCAGCGAGGAUGACAACGAAGCGGAGGCUGAAGUGCAAAAGCACAAGAGCAUAAAAAACAAACGAGAGUCUAAGGCAGCGCCGCUGGACGCGGAGUAUGAGGACAUGUUCGAGCAAAUGGCCACCGUGGGGGACAGCGAUGAUGAAGCGGCUGAGCAGCAAACGACAGUUGCUCAAAAGCGAAAAACAACCACGCAGUCGCAAAAGGCAAAAAAGAAAAAAUAAUUCGCGUUGUUACAA